AUGUAUGGCUGGGCAGAUUCGACUGCGAUCGAGGUUCUAUGUCAUACAGAGCAGUGCGUAGUUUGUGGUGAUUUGGCCGACGGAUUCCAUUAUGGCGUGCGUUCCUGCAGAGGUUGUAAUGCAUUUUUUCGACGAGCCGUUACGUUUGGCAUGCAGUUUUCUUGUCGAAGAGGCGGACGAUGUCCUGUCGAUAAAAAUGCUCGUUGUGCCUGCCGCGCUUGUCGCCUAGCAAAGUGUUUCGCAGUGGGUAUGGACAAAAAAGCCGUACAACCGAAACGCGAAGGGACAAAUGGCAAUGGCAUUCAAAGUCAAGAUAAUUCAUUCGACCAAAACGAUAGUGAAUUGGAAAAUCGAAGGACAUCACCAUACUUCGACAGCGUUCAACUCACAUCACCAGAGUCGACGUAUAGCAUAAACCACUCUAUAUAUGCUCAAUUGACGGAUUACACGCCGCUACGAUCUCCUUCGCCACCACCAGAAUGCCCGUUUUUGUUAAGGCUGUGUUACGAAUUCUCAGAAGUAAAACGACGAAGGAAAUGUAUGCUCUGUAAAUCUCUCGAAGAAAUACUUACGGAGGAUUGUUCAAUAAGGGAUCCAGCGACUGCCGAAGAUUUCACCGUGGUUUUUCAGACGCAGAUGAUAUUAAUGUUCGAAUGGGUUGAAAAGCUUCCAGAGUUCAAAAUGAUUCAUGACCCUUUAGACAAAACAAAACUUCUGAGAGCAUUUGCGCUAAGAUAUAUGUUGCUAGACAACGUUUAUCACACAUAUGAGCUGGGAUAUAAUGAUAGACUCGUGUUUGUAAAUAAUAACUACAUUAUUCCUGGUCAACCAUCUUCUAAUUUCAACUCGUGCGAAGUCGUUAACGAAAUGGAAAUCUGCGCUUUAAUGUUUGGAGCCCCAAUGCAAACGCUUGUGAGUGAACUUGUUUCAAUUAUCCAUGGGCGAAAUAUUACAAUUGGCGAAAUCAUGACAGUUCGCCGAUUGAUGCUUUGGAAUCCCGGAAGCAUCGGUUUAUCUAGUAAUGCGCAGGCCAUUGCUAGCCAAGCAUCAAAUAAUGCAAUGAAAGAGCUGCAACAAUAUCUUGAGCAAGAGGGGAUUGAACAGAGCGAGCAGCGCUUGGAGUUUCUCUUGCUUUAUAUUCCUGCACUAACAAAACAUACAAAAACUAUGUACGAAAUUGUUCGAUUAAUACCGUCGUUUGGAAAAAUGAGCGAAUGGAACUCUUUCAUGGAUGAUGUGCUUCGAGGAGUGUGA